AUGAAGUUUAACUUUGCCUCAGUCACAUUAUUUUUCACUGCUGCUGUUUCCACAGUUUCUGCUUUGCCUGCUGCUUCAGCUCCAUUGGAAUUGACUCCAAGAGAAUUUGACAUUGCCAACAAUGCCCUUUACAACUUGGAACACUACAACACCAAAAGAUCCAUUUUGACUGAAGCUGAUCUCUCUAAAAGAGAGUCACAAAUUGUCACCCAAAUUUUGACAAUUGUUAAGGACACAAACUUGGCUCCAGGUGUCAUACAAUACUUCAUUUCUGAUCCAUUAUUAUCGGAGGUUGCUAAAUCGGUCAUUGUCACUGCGAUCCAAAACGGUUGGAUUAACUUGACUACAUUGUUGAAAUCAUUGAAUGACUCCGGGUUAGCUAUUGAUGUCAUCCAAGACCUUAUCAACGAUUGUGCCUUCUACGCUCAGAUUUUCAAAAUGGUGGGCCAGCAAAUCCUGGGUUUGCCAAGUGUUGUUGGUGCUUCUGUGGGUAUUAAUGCUGAGGCUGUCUCUUCUGCUAUUGACAAAAGAGACAAUGUUGCGAUUUACGCUAGAGACACUCAAGAGAUUCUUACUUCAUUGAUGGAAUCAUUAAAGAACUCUGGAUUGGCUAACCAAGUUGUUGAAGCUUUGGUUAUUGAUGACGACUUCUACACUUUUGGUGCCGACUUAGUCUCGACAUUGUUCUCAAAGGGAGCUAUUACGCUCGAUCAAUUGCUUGAGGCUUUAGUCCAAUCAGGUUUGCUUCCACCCCUUCUCAAUGCCUUUUUGAACGUUGAAACCAUCCAAAAAAUAGUUAUCAAUGCAUUGGGUGCUGCUUUUGGUACUUGCAAAAACUCACCAAAAACAUCAUCGAUUGUAACUAAACCAACUGGUGGUCCAGCCCCUACAAUUACUACUGGAAGUGCCGACCUUGCUUCAAUUCUUUCCACUUUAACCACUGAAACCGCCGUUGAAGAUAUUGACAGUGCCUCAGUCCUUAGCCCUACCUCAGGCAUUACAACAACUACUGAAAGUGCUGAAAUAAGCUCAGUUCCAAGUAUCAGUUUGACUACUACAGCCACAACCGAUAAGGCGAAUAUUAGCACAAUUCCUAGUACCACUUUGAGUACCGUAACUACCACCAAUCCACCAAAGAAAUGCAGAAAGAAAAAGAGAUCAGUUUAG